AUGGGAGCUUGCCAUGUAACUUUAUUGCUAUCACCAGUUUAUGAUGCACGUGGAAUGAAAGCCGAUAUCAAGACCGCGCUCUUUACCUGUAAUUCAUGCCUUAUUUGUUGGGUUAUACUGGGCAAAGGACAUGUUGAUAUGCACGUGAUUCGCGCUUUCUCUCGGAGACCCUGCGAGUUGAAAUUUCCCGCCAACAACCCUGCCAGGAUGUCUCACAGGAGACUUGUGCUAGACGAAUUAUGGCACUGUCUCUGUCCGUCAUUUACGUCGAACUCUUUGAAGCUUUAUAGGAAUAAUCUUUUCGCGAAAGCGCGCCCUCAAUGCCCAGGUUCAGUCCUCCCUGUCCCAAGUUAUCUGCCAAAGCGCCACAGCUCCGAUUCCACUCAACCGCGAGAUGCAGACCGCAAACCUGAAGAGAAGGAUGUCUUUGACGACAAAGGUCCGGAUAUACGACCUGAUGGCAAACUUAACUUGACACCGCGCAAUGCCAACCGCCAAAAAUCGCAGCGAGAUAAAAAGGCUCGGGGAGGUUAUAUUGUGCCAAUCCAUCUCCAGUCUUUGACAACGCUAGAGAUAGAGACGAAGCUUCAGGAUACAGCAAAAAAAUCCCCGAGCGUAUAUAGCGCGAUGCAGAAAUUACAACAUCUGAUUCAAGACCGGAAAAUCGAACCCAGCGCGCGGCAUUAUAAAUGGCUUAUACAAUGCCACUCCGAUCCUCAGCACGGGUCGCCGAAUCUAGUUCGUCAAUUGCUUCUGGAAAUGGAGCAAAAUGAUAUCCCGCUCGACUCUGGUACACUUCAUGCUGCAUUACAGGCUCUUGCAGUUCAUCCAGAUUAUACGCUACGGCAAGAUGUGCUUCGUGCUAUGCGAGAUCGAUGGCUUCCGCUCAGUCCCGACGGUUGGCACUAUGUGGUGGCGGGCUUGAUAAGAGAACACCAAUUCGAGCUAGCGCUUGACAACAUCGCGCAUAUGGAGCGAAAGGAUAUAGUAGUCAAGGGCUGGCUUCACAGUCUCCUCGUGUACUAUCUCUGCGAGUGUGAGGAGUUUGGCCAGAUUCUUGAGCUCUUGCGCACGCGUUUAGAGCAAGGCUAUCCAGUGACUCAAGAGCUGUGGGUGCACGUCCUCAAUGCGGCGACUGCUGCUUGCCAUCUUCCAACAAUCCGCUUUAUAUGGAAGAGGGUGGUGGAAUCAGGCUCUCUUGACCCAGAGUCUCAUUCAUGCCACCGGAUUAUCGAGAAUGCCACCGAGCAUGGGGAUACAAGGCUUGGAAGAUCAGUUUUGCUUUACCUCCGUAUUCGCGGCAUGCCCCUAAAAGCCUGGCACUAUGAGAAGCUGUGUCAGAUGAAUGUCACCUCCGGCAAUUUAUAUGAGUCAUUACGGGUGCUGUGCGAGAUGAAAGGGGCGGGCCAUACCGUGCAAUCGAGCUCGGUCGAGCCGAUCCUGAACCACUGCAUCUCCAAAAAGAUCCGCCCGCGAGACGUCUGGUCUCAUCUUAAAGACUUGAAGUCAAAGGGGCAAGAUAUCCCUCUUGGUUGUGCUAGGAUCGUCAUUGAAUUAUAUCGAGAGGGCGCGCGGAGCGACCCAUUCGCGGUAGAUGACGGAAUCGAAUUUUACAAAGAACUGUAUACACUAUGUUCUGCUAAACCGGACGCCCAUACAUUCAACGCACUGAUCCGGAUGUGCCGGGUAACCCAAGAUGCCGAUUCGGCCAUGUUCGUUGUUCACGAGAUGGCAGCAUUCCAGGUUGUGCCGGACGCGAAUACCUUUGGACAUCUCAUCAUGAUAUGUUUGGAGUGCGAUAAUUUCCAGUCUGCGCACCUGUACUUUGAGGACAUGCUCGGGCGAGGAUUACACCUUGACCAGGCAGCGCGUGCUGAGAUUCGCGAGCUUUGCGGUUCCUCGACAGACCAGGACGCUGUUAAGCUGAGGCAGCAUCCAGAAAUUAGUGAAGAUGUAUCUGAGGAAGAGGUCGCAAAUCUAGCGACCGAUGAACAUACAAACCCUCCCAAUGCUUCUACUGAGGCGGAGGAACCUGAAGGUCAUUCGGAUCACAAAGAGGUCCCAGGACAUGACAACCAGAAACGCGAUAUGGAGUAA